UGCAGUGUUUUUUCCCAUCUGCUGACAACUAACUUCUUGCUUGUUUGUCUUUCCCAGCUGGAUCCAGAGAACACCGGUUUUAUCCCAGUGGAGAACUUCACCAGCCUGGUGGAGCACCAUGAGCUGCAGCUGGACCCAUCCAAACUGGACAUGUUGUUAGCGCUUGUCCAGAGCAAUGAAGAGGGACAGGUGUGCUACCAGGAGCUCAUUGAGCUGAUGAGCAGCAAACGCUCCAGCAGUUUCCGACGAGCUAUCGCCAAUGGCCGCCGCACGCUGCAGAGGGAGAUCCUGCUGGAUGAGACAGGGCUGGGUCUGUACAAACGCUUUGUCCGGUAUGUGGCCUAUGAGAUCCUGCCCUGCGAGACGGACCGACGCUGGUACUUCCACCAGAACCGCCUGUGUCCUCCACCUGUGUUCAUCGCCAUCGUCACCAUCGUCCAGAUUAUCGUGUUCAUGUGUUAUGGCAUCAUGCUCAACAAGUGGGUCCUGCAGACCUACCAGCCUGAUUUCAUGAAGAGCCCCUUGGUCUACCAUCCAGGUCAUCGUGCGCAAGUGUGGCGCUUCUUCAGCUACAUGUUCAUGCACGUCGGUUUAGAGCAGCUGGGAUUCAACGCUUUGCUGCAGCUGAUGAUUGGCGUUCCUUUAGAGAUGGUUCACGGCAUUUUACGAAUCAGUUUGCUUUACAUGGCCGGAGUUCUGGCCGGUGAGUAUAUUUUCAAGAUUUCAAGAUUCAGUUCAUUGAGAUUUGAAAUCCUUACUGACGUC